CAUAAAGAAUUCGAUUUUAUGACCAAAUGGCUGUAUUGCCUAGCUUCAAAUAAAGUCCAGCCACCUCCUCUCCUUCAUAUGGUUUUCCUUGGGAAUUACAUCAACUGUGUUAAACAAACAAAGCCAACAACAAGCUUUAGAUUUGCUUCUUACUGAAACCAUGGCUGUAAAUCUAGAGACAGUUUUCAAGUCGGUACAAGAACUGGCAAAUAGCAAACAAGUUCCAGAAAAGUAUAUUCAUCCAGAAGGGCCAGUCAAUACCUCUCCUCCCCUGCUAGAUGUACCAGAAGUUGACCUUAGCCUUAUCAUAUCACCAACAUCCCCUGCUAGAGAUGAAGAGCUCAACAAACUUCAAUCCGGUCUCAAGUCUUGUGGCUGCUUCCAGGUCAUAAAUCACGGGAUAGAAGAUUCAUUUCUUGACAAAAUGCAUGAAAUCAGCAAACAGUUCUUUGCUCUUCCUACUGAGGAGAAACUUAAAUACGCCAGAACAGUUGAUGCUGAUGCCAUUGAAGGGUAUGGAAAUGAUUCAGUUCUUUCAGAAAAGCAAACGCUUGAUUGGACCGACAGAUUGUAUCUAAAUGUGUUCCCUGAAGAUAUAAGGAAACUCCAAUUCUGGCCCCAAAAACCUGAAUGUUUUAGGGAAGUAUUUGAAGAAUAUCUCAAGAAAUUGAAGUUGUUGAGUGAGUCCCUCCUAAAGGCCAUCGCAACGUCAUUGAAUGUGGAGGAGAACUGCUUUCUGGACCAGUGUGGAGAAUGCAGAACGAUGGUUGCAAGAUUCAACUUUUACCCUCCGUGUCCAAGGCCUGAUGUUGUACUUGGAGUGAAACCACAUGCUGAUGGAUCAGCCAUUACCAUCCUGUUACAAGACAAAGAAGUUGAGGGGCUUCAGGUUCUCAAAGAUGAUCAAUGGUUUAGAGUGCCUGUUGUCCCAUAUGGUUUCCUCAUUAAUGUUGGAGAUCAAGUUGAGAUAAUGAGCAAUGGCAUUUUUAAGAGCCCCCUGCACAGGGUGGUGACAAACGCACAACGAGAAAGAAACACUCUUGCUGUUUUCAUUAUGCCAGAUGCAGAUGUUGAGAUCGGACCAGUGGAGAAGCUUAUCAAUGAGGAAAGGCCGAGAGUGUACAAGAACGUUAAGAAUUAUGUUGAACUCUUCUUCCAAUACUAUCAGAAGGGGAGAAGACCAAUAGAAGCAGCAAUGAUAUGAUAAGAACUCCAUUAGCUGACAACAAAGAUGUCCCGUUCUUGCUUUUCCAUCCAACCCCUUCUGUCAGGCCCAGAAAACGACAACAAAAGAGAGAUGUUGGUUCCUUCUUCCUCUAUUUGUAUUUUUUACUAGCCAUGGUUGCCUCUUCUGUGCACGAAGAACUCAACUAGACAAUACCAUUGAAAUUUACCACCUGAAGCUGAAUGCAUUAAGAGCU